GCUUUUGGUGUUGGUGGCGCGCAUAUUGUUUCCUGGUCAGAUUGGUUGUCGUCUGCCCAAUCUUACUUCCAGGUAUGCAGCCUUCGAUGAAUGCUGCCUCGAAUACAAGGAACGGCGAAACCGACAAUUUGGCCCCAACUUCGCUGGCGGUGGUUUGUAAGCCACGCUCUUGCUGUCCCAAAACGGAAACCUCUCGGAGAAGAUGCAGACCCAUCAAGUCGUCCCUUCUGGUUACCACACCGCUACCAUGCACGGGGCUCCUAACCUGUCGCAAUGCACAUUCCCAACUCACGGUGGGGACAUCGGAGAUAUAUGGGUAGGUACAUUAGCCCGUCGGCACACGUUGAUGAGCCCUGCUAGCUGGGGCCAUCCAGUGCAACAUUACUGUUCUUUCAUAUGCAGUCCCGUCGUAAUACUAGUAUCAGCUGCGAACUCGAAGUUGGUAACGAUGAUUAUGCUACGUUAUGUAUUUCGCGUUGGAGCGAGAACAGCGAGGACUUUCUGCUUAGGUAAUACUAGUAUUCAUCGGCAAGCCGCAGAAUCCGUGCACGGCAAGACAGGGGUUGUCGAUUGCCUGGUCAAAUUGAAUUCCUUUGUCAACAAACCCGGCAAUUGGUCCCUGCAUCUGCAUCUGGGUUGCACUGCGACACCGCGAUCGACGGCGACGGCCAGGGUGCAGUUUUGCUUGGGACAAACCCGCCCUUCUCUUUCGUUCUAAAACUCACGUUCCUUUUUGGCGAUUUUGCCUAACUAGACAUUGCCAGGCCCUGGUCAAGGCAAGGUCUGUCGUUCCUUUCGCGAAUACUAGUAUUCGCGCUUGAAGACGGCCCCUAGCACGCCCCCUAAGGUAAGCAGAAGGGGUGAAAAAUCGAAAAAAAAAAAAGAAAACCACCAAGUAUAUAGGUUGCGCUUGCGUCGCGUGCAC